UAUGCAAAUCAAAUGUAAUAAGAAGAAGAAGAGAAAGAAGAAGCACCUUGAAAGCGCAAACAAAAACCCUUCCACAUGGCAGGCAUGGGCGAUUGCAGCAGUAGACUUGGAAACCAGUUUUCGUCAAAGGGAGGCCAGGGGCAGCAUGACCUUGAAGGCCAGCACUCAGUGGGGACAGCUAGAAAGGAAGAGGAGGAGGACUUAGUUGUCAGAAGGAACUUCAGGGAGUGACUGUACCCGCCCUCUAUCGAACUUGGACCCCUACAGAACAGCUCUGAGAAAGGUUUCUGCUUGGCCUUUUCCAGGGAUGGGGAACACACUCUCUCCCAGAGCGAACCAUUCCAUCUGGACAACUCGUUUUGAUAGAAGGUUCUUCCUUAUGUCGAGCCAAAGCCCUGCCUCCCUUUACGUUCCACCUACUCAUCCUCUUUCUGACUGACCUUUGAAGCCCCACAGAGUGAGUCUUAUCCCUAGGACAGCAUUUAAAGGCAGUUUGUAUACCUCCCAAGUUGCCAGGUCUCCAGGUUGAGCCUUCUCAGUGCUUCCCACCAUUCCUUACUUAGUUGGCGGCCAUCCCUUUCCUGAUCCUGGUGCUGACCCCUGGCUGUGCCAUAGUUUGCCAUCGUUGUCUUUAUCGUGUGCUACCUGGAACAGAACACCAUGUGUCGCAGAACUGCCCAGUGAUAUGUGCCAUCUACCUGGGGUCUCAUCCUAGUGCAGCCUAGGAUUGCACUGGCCUUUUUAGCAUCUAUUCUUAUAUAUCAUUGACUUCUGUUACACUUAUCAACUGAAACCCAUAUCUAGCAUUUUUUUCCUUUUCAACAUUCACAGGGUUGCCAAGCCACAUCUCCCACAUCCUGCUGUUGUUUCUUGGACUUUAGAUCUAUAGAUGUCAGCUUCUCUUUGAGCAGUUUUUGUUUUUAGCAAUAAUCUGCUGUGGGUGUGGGUAACUUCAGCUUUUAUACACAAUAUAAAGAGGCACCUUUACAGUGUUUGAAGUGAAUUGAGCAUCUAUACCGACUACCAUGUCCACACAGAGGCUUCGGAACGAGGACUACCCUGACUACAGCUCCGCCGACGUGAGCCCGGACGAGAGCCCGUCCGAGGGUCUGAACAACUUCUCUUCCCCGAGCUCCUACCAGCGAUUUGGGGAAAGCAGCAGCACAACGUGGUUCCAGACCUUGGUCCACUUGUUAAAAGGCAACAUCGGCACAGGACUCCUGGGGCUGCCCCUGGCGGUGAAAAAUGCGGGCAUUUUGAUGGGUCCCCUCAGCUUGCUGUUGAUAGGCAUCGUGGCCGUGCACUGCAUGGGUAUCCUGGUGAAAUGCGCUCACCACUUCUGCCGCAGACUGAACAAGCCCUUCGUGGACUAUGGGGAGACGGUGAUGUACGGACUGGAAUCCAGCCCUGUCUCCUGGCUCCGGAACCACGCACACUGGGGAAGGCACACUGUGGACUUCUUCCUGAUUGUCACGCAGCUGGGAUUCUGCUGUGUCUAUUUUGUUUUUCUGGCUGACAACUUCAAACAGGUGAUAGAAGCGGCCAAUGCAACCACCAAUGACUGCCACAUCAACGAGACAGUGAUUCUGACGCCCACUAUGGACUCGAGACUCUACAUGCUCACCUUCCUGCCAUUCCUGGUGCUGCUGGUUUGCAUCAGGAACCUUCGAGUGCUGUCCAUCUUCUCCCUGUUGGCCAACGUCACCAUGCUCGUCAGCCUGGUCAUGAUCUACCAGUUCAUUGUUCAGAGGAUCCCAGACCCCAGCCGCCUCCCCUUGGUGGCCCCCUGGAAGACCUACCCUCUGUUCUUUGGCACGGCCAUUUUUGCGUUUGAGGGCAUCGGGAUGGUUCUUCCCCUUGAAAACAAAAUGAAGGAUCCCCGGAGAUUUCCAGUCAUCCUGUAUGUGGGAAUGGCCAUCGUCACUGCCCUGUACAUCAGCCUGGGGUGUCUGGGGUACCUGCAGUUUGGAGCCAAUAUCCAAGGCAGUAUAACCCUCAACCUGCCCAACUGCUGGCUGUACCAGUCAGUGAAGCUGCUCUACUCCAUCGGCAUCUUCUUCACCUACGGCCUCCAGUUCUACGUCCCGGCCGAGAUCAUCGUCCCCUUCUUCGUGUCCCGCGUGCCUGAGCACUGGGAGCUGGUAGUGGACCUGGCCAUACGCACCAUGCUGGUCUGCCUGACGUGCGUCUUGGCCAUCCUCAUCCCCCGCCUGGACCUGGUCAUCUCCCUGGUGGGCUCCGUGAGCAGCAGCGCCCUGGCGCUCAUCAUCCCGCCCCUCCUGGAGAUCACCACCUACUACUCGGAGGGCAUAAGCCCCCUCGCCAUCGCCAAGGACGCCCUGAUCAGCAUCCUGGGCUUCGUGGGCUUUGUGGUGGGGACCUAUGAGGCUCUGUACGAGCUGAUCCAGCCAAGCAAUGCUCCCAUUUUUAUCAACUCCACCAGUGCCUCUGCAUAGCUGUCCGGGUGCAUCCCCUGCACCUGCCCACCCCACCUCUGUGUGUUCCCUAGCUCCUGGCCCCAGAGCCUCAGGCAGGGUCCAGCUGGGCUCUCGGAAAAAGCAAGGUUGCCGUUCAGAAAGCCCGGUACCUGGCACCUAGGUUCCCUGGGCCAGGUAGGACUGAGGACAGGUGGGGAGAGUGGCUAGCAGAUACGCCGGAGGCACCGUUAGUGGCAGUGCCAUCAUUGUUCAUUUGUGCUUAUUUAACCAGAACCUUACAGCUGUCUCCCCUCAUCACGCCUUCUCCCUUACCUGCCUCUCUCCUCCGACCCAUCUCCCCAGAAUUAUUCUUUUUGCACAGCUCACUUUAUUUAAAAAUUUUAGCAUUUCAUUUUCUGGUCCAGACCUAGACUAAGUAAGUAAAAACUCGCUCUCUUUAUAAAGUCGGGCCUAUCUCUUUCUCAUAUCUCUCCCAGAUAUUUUACCUCAAUUUUCUCCUACCUGUUCAAGUCUGCAGCAGGUGUCUGGACCCACCUAGUAGUUGAAACUAGCCCCCAAAGCUGGAGUUUUUAGUCUCUAAUCUCUCUGGCUUGCUGUGACCCUUGCCUACACCUUUUCCUCUCUGAAUUCCUCAUAUGGGUCACGAUACUGUAUUCUUAGUUGCUUUAGCUCCCAAAAGACAUCAAUUGCUGCCUCAAUUGAAAAUAUUUAUAUUUUAUUUUAUUUAAAAUUAGCUUUUGUUUUUAGACUCUCCUGAUCUGAGGUCAUUGUGAAUCCCUCCUUCCUCAGUCAAUUUGUAUCAGCUUCUCCUGCUGAAAAGAAACUUGUUCCAGGAAAUGUCUGCGUAGGUCCUCAGCACAGGAGGCUGAGGACCUCAAAGAUUUUAAUCAGGGUCAUCUAAAUGUGUACCUCUGCGGGAGGCCUGGACUGGGUCUCCCAUGGACCAGCCUGAUUUCGUGUUGAGUAAAUAUGAAGGACUCGGGAAAUACCUGCUAGUGCACCAGGCCGGAGGAAAGGAUGGCGAAAGGAACGGAUGGCCGUGUGUUUCUGCCCAGGGGAGGCUUAUGAAAUGGUGGCUUUGUGCGCUCAGGCCUCUUUUUCAGCCUCAGCCCCUGGUCUGCAAGCAGCAUGGCAGCGUUCAGUUGCCAUGGUGCCGGGAAGACGCCCACACUGUUGCCAUGGGCGAGACGGUGAGGUCAGUGUGCACAGACAGUCGAAAUUAAGUUCAGAGAAUUUCCCGCUGCUGGUCUGACACUAAGUGCGGUGCUUGGUUGUUUACAAUCAGCGGGCGGCAGGGCAGGCACAGUGCCCUGUCUGGCUGCCUUCUCGACCUGGACUCUAAAGUUGCCACUUAGUUGGGGUGUCAGUCCCCUGUGUCCUAAACACUAAUUAUGAUGCCUCUCCCUCCCCCUGAGGGUCAGACGUAGCCUCAGGGUUGGCUCACCUCAAGGUCAGCCUUCAGGUGUGGGAAGAAGCUGCAGAGAAGGCAGAGGAUGGUAUACUGCCUUGCUUCUGGCUUCCCCGUCCUCCCUCUAGGUGUGAGGAAGCAUUCAGAAGGGCAUUAGCCACUGGCUCUCGCUCUCCUGAGCUGUGUGCAUGUAUGUGUGUGUCUGUGCAUAUGUGGCAGGGUCCUCUCUCCUCCACUCCUGUCACCAGGCUCUUGCUUACUUACCCGGAGCUACAGUUUGCCCUGCAAGUUGGGAGAGCAGCACAGCUUUAUCAGGGCUUUUUUGGUUUUGUGUUUUACCAAAGCUCCUAAGGGCUCUGACCCACCUUUGCAGCCCCAGGUUUUUCUUCCUUUUCUGUUCCAAAGCCAAACUUUCUCAUCGUAGUGACUCCUAAGUUCCCUAACAAUCUACUUAGGAAGAUGUGAUCAGUGGUGACUUGGUCUCUCUUAGGAGAAGGACACUCUUCAUCCACCGUUUCUGCUCAUUGGUGGUGCCGAACAGGUGCUUACAUGACCAAGACUCUAGCUGGAGGUGGCAGCAGCCCUGCCCUCUGAAGCCUCAGGCUUAGAAAUGACCAAAGCGGGCUCAGGAGUUGUCAUCUCCUGUUUGCAAGCCUGGGCCCCAGCAGUCUUUCCGCAGUGGUCCUGAGAGUGAGAAGGUGCGUGUCAGUAGAAGUGGCUCAGAUGUGUGUCCUGCCCGCAGCUCCUGUGGUGGAGGCUCCUGUGUGCACAGGGAGCUGCUCAAAGCUGUCCUGUCCAGGUGGGCAGUCGCACUGGGACUCUGAUGCUGGACCUUGAGGGGUAGGUAGCACAAUACUGAGGUCCUCUGGCCUCAAAUCUCAGCUAAAUGCAGGUUAUUGCUUCAGGAUCCCUGACCCAGAGAACGUGGUGUAUAGGCGAGGGGGCUCUGGCUUUGGGGCUUCUGGAAGCUACUUUGGCUUGGCUUUCCCUGUUUGAUCUCUUUUCUGUGCUCCUGACUUGCCAGCCUGAUUGCCUGGCUGACUCAGAAGACCAGGCAAGGUGAACCCAGUCAGUGGGCCUUUUGGUUGUGCAGUUGCACUGCAGUUUGGCGUUGAGCAAAGGGGUCAGCCAGAGGAUGGCAAUGGGAGGGAGCCCUUCCUCCUCUUCUGGAAGCAGCCGUCUGGGCCCGCUGAGGGAAGCUUCCUCUUCUGCUGCCUCUGGGCCUUCUGUAGUCAGGGAGCCCUUGGUGUCUUCUCGCCACUCUUUAGGAACCAGAACCAGCUGCCCAGCCGCUUCCUGUGCCUUGCUCCCUGGAAAAAAGCUCCGGCAUAAGCAGGAGUCUGAUCAGGAGCAACAAAGCAAAGGCUUUCUGUGGUGUGAGGCUGCAUCUGCCAAGCCAAAAGCUAAUCCUGGGUUUUCUGGCUCAGUACUGUUAGUCUCUCCAUCCCUUCCCCAGUCUCCUCACGCAGCCCCGGAUUUUUAUUAGCUUAGAGGUAGCUACUCAGAGACCCUUGUUCUGACCUGCAAACGCCACUAUUGGGAGCCAGUAUCCAGCUCCCUGUUGGCAGUGUACCUCCCCUUAAAUGCAGGUGCUUGCCGAGAAGAGCAUGACCUGGCAUAUUCUAUUCAAUUUGCCUGGAAGUUGUCACCAUUCACAAGUGAUGCUAUUUAUAGUGUGCUGCUGUCCGGCUGCUAGGACCCCUUCAUCUGCUCAAACCUGGCCAGAUCUAUGUGAAUGUGGGGCUCGUCGUAGCUGAGCAGCUUCUGCCCUGCCCUGUCACUCACCUCCCCAGCUAGAUCCACUGGCUGGUGCUCACCACUCUCUAUCUUCAGGAGAGGUAAAAUCUGCAGUUUCAGCAGUUGUCUUAACGUGAUGGUCCCACCGGACAGGUAUGUCAGGAAAAUCUUUCCCCUCCCCCUGUACCCCUGUCUUGUUUUUUCCCCUUCCAGUUUCUCCCAAAAUUAUAGAAUAUCACUUCUGUUUAACACUACAUGUUCGCCUCAUGUUUUUCUGGAAGUGCAAAAUCUCAGUCUGUGUCUGUUUACAGCUUUCUGCAUUCACUGUUCACGGCAGGGGCGUCGGUAUCGGUGGGUGUAUUUCGUAGGUGAUGAGCAGGCCGCGCAGCAUCCGCCCUGGCCAGAGCAUGGUGCCGGUCCUCGCAGUGGAGACACCCAGUACAAAAGGCACGACUUGCUAAUUAGGGAGUCGGCUCCAAGUCUGCCGCAGAAUUAAAUUCUCCAAAGUGCAUUACAGAUCUCCAGGACCGUGAGGGGAAGAGAUGAUGUGGUUUGUCUGUGUAAUCAUGGUCGAUACUUUCAGACAAUUAGUCCUGCGGGCUGCGGGCUGUUUGCUCUGAUGGAAUCAGUUUGUUGCAUUUCUUCCCUGUCCUUUGUACCACUGGGUCAUUCCCUGGCCGCGGGACACAAAUGGUGCUGAUUUGAGGUUAUCAGAGAGUGGGGGUGUGGGUGGGGGAUGAGGGUGGAGGGUGCCUAUCAUAAGCUGUGUUUUUUUUUCAUUUAAAUCAAGGUGAUUCUGGGGAAGUCAUGUUGUUGUAGAGAAUGAUACGCUCAUGUGACCAUUGUAAGUCAUGUCAGCGGGUGCGUGGAUACGAGGAGUACAAAACCUGCCGUCCAGCAGGCCUUGAUAAGCACACAGCGCUGUGUGUGCUGUGUGCCCACGUGAAUGUGCGCUCCCACAUGGUCUGCGCAGGGACCGGGUCGUGCAGGAGCUCGUGGAAGAUUUCGUUUGGGCUUCUGUGCACGGAUCAUGUGUUAAACUUUUCCUUUUCAAUAAAUGAAUUUUAUUUUUUAUUUUUGAA